AUGGCCCCUGUUAUUUUGCAUUUAAGAGCGGAAACCAAAGACCAAGAAGCCCGCGCUGCAUUGACGCCCACCACUGUCGAGAAGCUGCUUUCAAAGGGUUUCAAAAUCUACGUCGAGGAAAGUGACCAAUCAACCUUUGACAUCGAUGAGUACAGGAAGGUUGGCGCCGAAAUUGUACCCAAAGGCUCUUGGGUAAAUGCCCCCAAGGACAGAUUGAUUAUCGGCUUGAAAGAGCUGCCAGAGGACAACUUCCCAUUGGUUCACGAGCACAUCCAGUUCGCGCACUGUUACAAGAACCAGGCUGGCUGGCAAGACGUUUUGGGCCGUUUCAAGAGAGGCCACGGGAUCUUGUACGAUCUUGAGUUUCUGGAAAACGACCAGGGUAGAAGAGUCGCUGCUUUCGGGUUCUACGCCGGGUUCGCGGGAGCUGCUCUCGGACUCAAGGACUGGGCAUUCAAGCAGACUCAUGCUGACAGCGAGGACUUGCCAGGCGUGACCCCAUCCCCUAACGAACAAGAACUAGUUAAAGAUGUGACCAAAGACUACCAGGCGGCUUUGAAGAAAGGUGCUAAGAAGCCUACGGUAUUGAUCAUCGGUGCUCUAGGAAGAUGCGGCUCUGGUGCUAUCGACAUGCUCCGCAAAGCUGGGAUCCCAGAGAAGAACAUCAUCAAGUGGGAUAUGAAGGAGACCGCUCGCGGUGGGCCUUUCCAGGAGAUUGCCCAGGCGGACAUCUUCAUCAACUGUAUCUACUUGUCCAAGCCCAUCGCCCCCUUCAUCAACUCCACUCUACUAAAUUCCAAUUCCAGAAGACUGAGGAGCAUUGUCGACGUGUCUGCUGACACUACCAAUGUCCACAACCCAGUGCCUGUUUACACCGUGGCGACUGUGUUCAGCAAGCCAACCGUUUUGGUGCCUACUACUAAGGGCCCUAAGCUUUCUGUUAUUUCAAUCGACCACUUGCCAUCGCUGUUACCAAGAGAAUCUUCGGAGUUCUUCGCACGUGACCUAUUACCUUCUCUUGAGCAGCUACCUGACAGAGAGAACGCGCCAGUUUGGGCGAGAGCCAGAGCCCUGUUCUACAGGCACUGCGCCCGUCUCGAAAGACAAUCCAAAUUUUGA